GACGAGAAUGGUAGGACCUGCCUCCACGAGGCGUGUACGAGUGGAGACGUCGAGGGGCUGAAGGCCAUGCUGGAGCUAGGGGGCAAGGACCUGGUCAUGUGCGCGGACAAGAAUGGUAGGACCUGCCUCCACGAGGCGUGUACGAGUGGAGACGUCGAGGGGCUGAAGGCCAUGCUGGAGCUAGGGGGCAAGGACCUGGUCAUGUGCGCGGACAAGAAUGGUAGGACAUGCGCGCACGAGGCGUGUACGAGUGGAGACGUCGAGGGGCUGAAGGCCAUGCUGGAGCUAGGGGGCAAGGACCUGGUCAUGUGCGCGGACAAGAAUGGUAGGACGUGCGCGCACGAGGCGUGUACAAGUGGAGACGUCGAGGGGCUGAAGGCCAUGCUGGAGCUAGGGGGCAAGGACCUGGUCAUGUGCGCGGACGAGAAUGGUAGGACCUGCCUCCACGAGGCGUGUACGAGUGGAGACGUCGAGGGGCUGAAGGCCAUGCUGGAGCUAGGGGGCAAGGACCUGGUCAUGUGCGCGGACAAGAAUGGUAGGACGUGCGCGCACGAGGCGUGUACGAGUGGAGACGUCGAGGGGCUGAAGGCCAUGCUGGAGCUAGGGGGCAAGGACCUGGUCAUGUGCGCGGACGAGAAUGGUAGGACCUGCCUCCACGAGGCGUGUACAAGUGGAGACGUCGAGGGGCUGAAGGCCAUGCUGGAGCUA